UACUUGUCCACUGUGGGCAGAUGGCUUCUUACUUUUAGGUUGCCAUUGUGCAGCCCUGUCCAGGGAGACCCUUUCUUCGGUGGAAACUGGCAAGCUUAUAGGGUGAGGCUUUCGUCAAGGUCGCCUGCCUUCAGAGUAUGAAGGACACUGUCCGGCAAGGGAAGAGGGUUAUAUUUAGUGUUUGGGCCUGGUCAGUGUUGGGAUCCCUGUCACCUCUACUUUGCAGAACUGUCACUGACCCCUGGUUGCAAACUCUCCAUAGCUUUGAAUCCCACAAAAUAAAAACUGAGAGGAUACUCAGAAAGAGAAGAAGAAAACUUGUUGGUUCCUGGAUUCUACUGUCAGGGUUUGUCAGGGAUGAGAAGAGAGCACUGCCAGGUGUGACCAAGCUGAAGUACCUGCACAGUCUUAGAGAAUGCGCUCCAGAAGCAGUGACACUGAUAGCUCAAUCCAAGAGCAAUUUCCAAGACACAGUAAAGACCACAGUUUCCAGGACAUGAAGCAGAGACAAGAAGACAAAGGCUCCACUAGAGAGUCAGAUACAAUCGUACCACAAUGUGAGACAGAGAAGCCACACAGAGGCUAUGGCCACCAAGCAGAAGACCUCUCAAGAGAUGACUUAUUAUUUCUCCUUAGCAUAUUGGAAGGAGAACUGCAGGCUCAAGAUGAAGUCAUCGGCAUUUUAAGGGCUGAAAAAAUGGACUUGGCUUUGCUAGAAGCUCAGUAUGGGUUUGUCACUCCAAAAAAGGUGUUAGAGGCGCUCCAGAGAGAUGCUUUUCAAGCGAAAUCUGCCCCUUGGCAGGAAGACAUCUAUGAGAAACCAAUGAAUGAGCUGGACAAAGUCGUGGAAAAACAUAAAGAAUCUCACAGACGAAUCUUAGAACAACUCUUAAUGGUAGAAAAAUCACACAGGCAAACCAUACUAGAGUUGGAAGAAGAAAAGAAGAAACAUAAGGAAUACAUGGAGAAAAGUGAUGAAUUCAUAAGCUUGCUGGAACAGGAAUGUGAAAGAUUAAAGAAACGGAUUGAUCAAGAAACUGAGUCUCAGGAAAAGAAGGAGAAAGAGAAAGAAAAGAGGAUCACUGCUCUGAAAGAAGAACUGACCAAGCUGAAGUAUUUUGCUUUGAUGGUGGUAGAUGAACAACAAAGGCUGACAGAACAGCUUUCCCUUCAAAGACAGAAAAUCCAAAACCUGACCACAAGUACAAAGGAAACAUAUGCUAAACUAGCCCUUGCUGAAUCUAGAGUUCAGGAAGAAGAGCAGAAGGCAACCAGAUUAGAGAAAGAACUGCAAACACAAACCACAAAGUUUCAUCAGAACCAAGAGGAAAUUAUGGCAAAGCUCACCAAUGAGGACAGUCAAAAUCACCAACUGCGUCAAAAGUUGGCAGCGCUCAGCCAGCAAAUUGAUGAGUUAGAAGAGACCAACAGGUCUUUACGAAAAGCAGAAGAGGAGUUACAAGAUAUAAAAGAAAAAAUCAACAAGGGAGAAUAUGGCAAUGCUGGUAUCAUAAGUGAAGUUGAGGAGCUCAGGAAACGUGUGCUAGAUAUGGAAGGAAAAGAUGAAGAGCUCAUAAAAAUGGAGGAACAGUGCAGAGAUCUUAAUAAGAGGCUUGAAAAGGAAACAGCACAGAGCAAAGACUUCAAAUUAGAGGUUGAGAAACUUAAUAAAAGGAUUAUGGCUCUGGAAAAAUUAGAAGAUGCUUUCAACAAAAGUAAACAAGAAUGCUACUCUCUGAAAUGCAAUUUAGAAAAAGAAAGGAUGACCACAAAGCAGCUGUCUCAAGAACUUGAGAGUUUAAAAGUGAGGAUCAAAGAACUAGAAGCCAUUGAAAGUCGGCUGGAAAAGACAGAAUUCACCCUAAAGGAAGAUUUAACUAAACUGAAAACAUUAACUGUGAUGCUUGUAGAUGAACGUAAAACAAUGAGUGAAAAAUUAAAGCAAACUGAGGAUAAGUUACAAGCUGCUUCUUCUCAGCUUCAAGUGGAGCAAAAUAAAGUAACCACAGUUACUGAGAAGUUAAUUGAAGAAACCAAAAGGGCACUCAAAUCCAAAACUGAUGUGGAAGAAAAGAUGUAUAGUGUGACCAAAGAGAGAGAUGAUCUUAAAAAUAAACUAAAAACAGAAGAGGAGAAAGGAAAUGAUCUCUUGUCCAAAGUUAAUAUGUUAAAAAAUAGGCUUCAAUCUUUGGAAGCAAUUGAAAAAGAUCUUGUAAAAAACAAAUUAAACCAAGACUCUGUUAAGUCCACAACAGCAUUACACCAAGAAAACAAUAAGAUUAAAGAGCUCUCACAAGAAGUGGAAAGACUAAAACUGAAGUUAAAGGAUAUGAAAGCCAUUGAGGAUGACCUCAUGAAAACAGAGGAUGAGUAUGAGACUCUGGAACGAAGGUAUGCUAAUGAACGAGACAAAGCUCAGUUUUUGUCUGAAGAGCUGGAACAUGUCAAAAUGGAACUUUCCAAGUAUAAAUUAGCAGAAAAGACAGAGUCCAGCCAUGAACAAUGGCUUUUCAAAAAGCUUCAAGAAGAAGAAGCUAAAUCAGGGCAUCUUUCGAGAGAAGUGGAUGCACUGAAAGAGAAAAUCCAUGAAUACAUGGCAACGGAGGACCUAAUAUGUCACCUCCAGGGAGAUCACUCCAUUCUGCAAAAGAAGCUGAGUCAACAAGAAAACAGGAACAGAGACUUAGGAAGAGAAAUUGAAAACCUCACUAAAGAAUUAGAGAGGUAUCGUCAUUUUAGUAAGAGUAUCCGACCCAGUCUUAAUGGAAGAAGAAUCUCUGACCCUCAAGUAUUUUCUAAAGAAGUUCAGACAGAAGCAGGAGACAAUGAACCACCAGAUUACAAGAGUCUCAUUCCUCUGGAACGAGCAGUCAUCAAUGGUCGGUUAUAUGAAGAGAGUGAGGACCAAGAUGAGGACCCUAAUGAAGAGGAAUCUGUGCUGUCCUUCAGAUGUAACCCAUCUGUUCCUCUUCCUGUAAACAGGAAGCUAUGGAUUCCUUGGAUGAAAUCCAAGGAAGGCCAUCCUCAGAAUGGAAAAAUACAAACAAAGUCCAAUGGCAACUUUGUGCAACCUGGAGAUCUAGUCUUAAGCCACACACCUGGGCAACCACUUCAUAUAAAGGUUACUCCAGAUCAUGUCCAAAACACAGCCACUCUUGAAAUCACAAGUCCGACCACAGAGACUCCUCAAUCUUACACAAGCACUGCUGUUAUACCAAACUGUGGCACCCCAAAACAAAGAAUAACCAUUCUCCAGAAUGCCUCCAUAACACCAGUGAAGUCCAAAACCUCUACUGAAGGCCUUGUGAAUUUAGAGCAAAGCAUGUCCCCAAUUACCAUGGCAACCUUUGCCAGAGCUCAGUCUCCAGAGUCCUGUGGUUCUGUAACUCCAGAUAGGACAAUGUCACCUAUUCAAGUUUUGGCUGUGACUGGUUCAGCUAGUUCCCCUGAGCAGGCACGCUCUCCAGAGCCAAUAGAAAUUGGUGCCAAGCAUGCAAUUUUCAGAGUCUCCCCAGACCGGCAGUCAUCAUGGCAGUUUCAACGUUCAAAUAGUAACAGUUCAAGUGUGAUAACUACUGAGGAUAAUAAAAUCCACAUUCACUUAGGAAGUCCUUACAUGCAAGCUGUAGCCAGCCCUGUAAGACCGGCCAGCCCUUCAACAGCUCUGCAGGAUAACCGAACUCAAGGCUUAUCUAAUGGGGCACUAAACAAAACAACCAGUAAAGUCACCAGCAGUAUUACUAUCACACCAACAGCUACACCUCUUCCUCGACAAUCACAAAUUACAAUCAAGGAAGUACGCAAGCAGAGCAUCCCAACACGGAUCCCGAAACCAAAAUCUCCAGGCAUCACUAGGAUUUCUACUAGGGCCCCCCCAGAGGCUAUGAAUAAUAAGCCUGUUAACAAAACUGGCUUCAGGAAGCUGCACAUCCUAAGGACUGUAAGCUCUAAUACAUACCUCCACAUGGGAGGAAAAAGGUAAGGCAUACUGACUUAUAUCUGGAUACUUUCAUCUACAGAAAUAUCUGGAAAGCUAAAUUAUCACUGUGGAAGACUAGAGAUGAAUGGCCAUGUCUCCAGGAAACAGAGAAGGAGCAAACUAUCUGAUACUUCACUCACAAGUUAGUGGACCUGGUAAAAAGUAACUUCAAAGAAUAGCAUAACUAUAAUCACUUCAUCUCUAUACAUACAUAAACCUAUAUAUUCACAAACACAGACUCAUGCCUCAACUCUAUGCAAUUCCUCAGGCUACCUGUAUGAAACCCAAAUCUGAACAAUAUCAUGUGUUGUGAUAGCAGUGGAUUUACUACAAUAGUUUGAGAAUAAAGAAGUCAUGAAGAAGUAUUAAUUCAGAUGAAUACAGAAUAAUUCAGGUGAAUAAAGAAGAAAAAGAAGCUUCAUUCAAGAAAGUCA